AUGACGCCUUGCUCUUGGAAACAGCACUUUGGAGCUCCUCCAGGCCUCUCGCAAUCGUUCGACAAGAGGCCUGUCGAGUAUGAGAUUGGCCCCGACGAGGGCAGGGUAGUACCUGGCAUUGACAGGCCCUGUGUUCUCUUCGACAGUCCUUCCAAGUUUGAGCACUUUAAAGCUAAUUGGAAGCCCAUGGAUGAUGGUCCGCGCUUGGGGAUUCUAGGCUUCGUAGUAAAGCUAACCUACGACUGUGUCAAAUACUACAGCGGGCCUCACGAGCUCCUCGUGGACCUUAAGUGGCACAAGCACUUCUACAAGCCGCCCCAUGUGACCCACUACAUGCCCGAGUUGUUCAAUCCUCUUGAACCGCUCCCUGAUUGCCCGUUUGGCCAUGCUCAAGUCAACCAAAUGUUCUUUCGGAAAUGGUAUCAGAACGCUGCACUCCACCACGACUUAGCUGCUCAGCAACGAGCACAAGAGCAGGAGUAUUUGAGGGCACAACGAGCCCAGUACGAGGCUGCAUGUCAUGAGGCCGAGAGGAAAGAAGCUGAGAGGAGAGAAGCCGAGAAGAGAGAAGCUGAGAGGAGAGAAGCCGAGAGGAGAGAAGCUGAGAGGAGACUAGCUGAGAGGCGAGAAGCUGAGGACGAUCAGCGUUUAGGCAACGUUGGCGCUGAGAUCGCCGCCAACGACGAUGACGAUGACGAUGAUGACGACUAUGAUGACGAUGAUGGCAGCGACAGCGAGUUGACCGACCUCGAUCUCGACGAAGGAGAGAUGGCAGAGUUCGACCAUGACUUCGACUCCUUCAUAAGGCAAGACUCCUUCCUGAGCAAAUUGAAGGCAUUCGCUCACGACGAAGAGGCGAUCGACUUCGACGAUUCGUUUGGAGGGCUUGUCGACGACGAAGACUACGCUGAGCUCAAAUCUCUACCAUCCGCUAGCAUGCUCGAUAGCUGCUCGCUUUGUCUCGGUCCCAUGGACUUUGAGAAACUCGAGCUCUUGGAGUCGAAAACCACGAGCUCUUUGAGGGUCGGGCAGUUGUCGAGGUGUCACUACUUCAGAAGGCUCUUCGAGCUUUUCAAGUGUGUUCUCCAGCACUUGAAGGAGAAGGACUACCUUAUGGCGCUUGCGGCUGUGUCGACGAGGUCGGCUAUGAUCACACCAUUGAUUACCUCGGUGGUGAUCGCUGGACCUCUUGGAUUGGAGGAGGUAAUCAAGGACAUCGUGCCUUUGCCGAGCGACCAAUCUCAACCGAAUGUCUGCUUGGAGGAAGUAGUCAGCAACUUAGAUUUGAGGGAUCUCUCUAAGUACAUUGCCCGCUACGUGAAGGAGAGGGGCCGUUGUGGCAGCGCUUCGUCGCUCGUUGACAGUGAUAACACGGUGGUUUUGGUUCCCGGUGUCGCUAUCAGAAAGAGGCUCGUGGAGCAUGCGACAUCACCAAACGACUUUUGUGUUGACGACGACGAUGACGAUGACGGCGACAGUGACGACGAUGACGACUGGUCCGACGAUGAUUGGUUUGAUGAGGAGAUCUACAAUAAUGGCAGUCAAGCGACGACUCCCUUGGAUGUCAAGGAGGAGUCCAAGCCUGAUGCCACAUUGUCUGACUUGUUGCUGCUCUUGAAGCCCCUUCUUCUUGCAGCCCAACUACGUUCCUCAGAGGCAGCGAAGCCCACAAACAAUAUGCUGGACUUCGAACCUCUUGGCUGGAACGACGACGACUUCGGCGACGACGACGAUUACGCCUCGGAAAGUUCCCAUCCUGCUGCAAACGAUGGCGACGAGGAGUGUGAACAGGAUGUUGAAGAUACUAUUUCUGACUCUUCUGAGAGCAAUAACGAGACUGACUGUGAGGUCUUUACCCCCAAUGUUGCCACAGAAUUGAGUCCUUCAAAGAUUGACAUAUCUUCACAGGCGCCCUUGGAGGCAGACACCGAGAGCUGGGACGACGACGACUGGGACGACGAUAGGCUUGCUGCCGACACAGUGACAACCCCAAAGAGUGAUGUUUUUUGCGAGAAUAACAUCAAGAUCGAGGACACGCCUGAAGAGACCUGGGAGACAUCUAAGAGGCAAAAAGUUCCCGAGGCGACUAAGGCGGCGCCCUCUCAUCCCCAGGGCAAUGGUCACUUUAGCAGCAAGACCCCUUCUAAGUCGAAAUUGAGAAGACAGAGGAGAUCAAGGGCCGCUGCAAGGAAGCAGCAGAAGAGCACACGGCCUUUUGCGACCUCAACAACUGUAGGCCUGCCACAGCUGGUUGAAGGCAGUCCAACCCCCGCCGAUAACUGCGCUGAUGGUGGGCCCCAAGAGUAUGGUGGUCUGGAAGUCUUCACAAGGACGAGUGACACGGAUGAUCAACACGGUGAUGAUGAUGAGGAGAAGGCGAGAGAGCGGGAGGAAAAGAAGGAAGAGGAGGUGAAAAACGAAGGAGAGACAUUGGGGUGCUGUAAGGAGUACCACGGCGAUGACGGCGACGGCGAUGGCGAAGAGCAAUGCCAACAGGACAACGGCGACGGUAACGAUGACGGUAAUGAAGAAGUGGAGCAUGAACAUGACGGCGAUGAAAGUGACACUGAAGUCGAUGAGGAAUACUAUAACGACAACAACUACAACAACGGCGGCGACGGCGAGUUCGAAGAAGAAGAAACGGUCGAUACAGACAAAACCACCACCACCACCAUAACUACAACAACUACAACCACAACAUCUACAACGACAACAACAACCAAAACCAAAACCACAACCACAACAACUACCACCGAAAUUGCAACAACUACAACCGAAACUGCAACUACGGUCACAACGUCUACCACGUCGACCACCACUAAAACGACGAAGACCACAACAACAACCUCCUCGAAAUCGCAGACUAAAGCAUCAUCGACAAAUGCAACGAACUGCUCCGCCAGCCCGAAAGCGCUGCGCCAGAGAGAUCCUUCGAAACUUUUGAGAGGCCAAAAGCAGACGAGAUCUCCUAGGCCACAUAUUGCUGUCGAUGCAACCUUCCCAUGCCAGUGCGGAGAAUGGACCCCAAGGCUGAAAGAAGUGAACGAGUCCACCCCCACCACUUUCCAGUGUUUGUUUAUCGCCUGA